GGCAUGCAUCAGUGGCCGACGUCGUCCACGUCGCAAAUGUUUACGUUGAUUUGUGUUGUGUCUGCUGUAAAAAGAGUAGGAUUGGUUUACCUCACUCGAUGAUUCCCAGGCACCUGCGAAUGCUGUCCGUCGUUUCGCCGCUAGUUUUAAAUGAUGCAGUCGUUGUGGGAGUGCAAGCGGCCGCCUUUGACAUGUGAAGUUCGAGCACCAUGAACACGGCCGUCAUCAUGAGGAAUUCGAAAGUCCGUACAUUUUUGUACGUGCUUUUAGGCUGCUGUAUGUUGUUCACGGUGUUCCUCUUGUCUUCCACGCACACCAAGUUAAAAGAUUCACAGGAAUCGAACGACAAGUGCCAGCAGCAGAGGGACUCGCUGUCUGCCCAACUCCAAGUUGUUUAUGAGCACAAAAGUCGUUUGGAAAAAACGCUACAACUGGAAACAACGGAUAGGAAAAAAGCUGAGGAUGCUGCAAAGACUCUCAGAGAUCAGGCAGAAAGAGAUCGGGCCGAUGCUCGAGACAAGAUCAAAAGCUUGCAGAAGGACCUGACAGAGUUUCAGAAUGGUACUUCACAAAACUCCAGUCAAAAUGCCUCAAAACAUGCAGCUUCACAAACAGAGGAGUUCAAGAACCUCAAGGCCAGCUUUGACACCCUUCAUCAGGAGAAAGAAAAGGUUGAUAACGAGUUGGCGAACCAUGUUGCCUUGCUUCAACAGGAGAGGGACUCCAAGACAAAGUUGGCGAGGCAGUUGGAAGAGCUCCUACAGUCCAGGAAGACGGAAGGCCAGUUAGAUCUGAUGCUUCAGAGACAACUGGAGACCUGUCGUGCUGAAACUUCUCAACUGUAUGCAAAGCUGCAGCAACAGAAUUUGGCUCAGUCUCAGCAUCUAGCAGUAAGCGGAGGCCACGACAAACCAGUUGCCAACAAUGCUGAUCUCUUGGCUGGUAAUGGAGCUGCGCAUGCCGCUGCUCCGCCACCUUCACUUGCACAAGGUGGCACUGAAGCCAAGGCCAGUGCAAAGGAGGACAAAGGAGCUGGAAAAAUGGGUCCCCCAUAUCAGGUGUCUGGGGCAGAAAGUUGGCCGCCAAAGGUUAUUGUUGGUGGGGAGGCCAGUGACAGUUUGAAACCGAUUGCCAGGAAUGCCAGGAAUCCAGCCCCUGCCGAACAAGUUUUGGGACCGCCCAAUGAGUUGGCUCUUCAGCAGUCUGGGAAGGGGAGCCCAACGGUUCCCCAUAAUGAGGGGAGGUUGUCUCCCGCUCCAGGAAAGUCUGCUGCUCACGCCAUGCCACUGCUGCUUCAGCCAGAGGACAAGCUCAACCGUGACAACAGCGAACGGUUUGCGCAGCCACAAAACCAAGUGCAGCCAGUUGGCCAGAAACCUAUGGUUGUGUCGCAACCAGGGGUUCCUCAAGUUUCAUUGCAACCUGUAUCUCAAGCAGAGCCUUCACAGCAGCCACCUGCGCAGCCUUUAGCACGACCUGUCGCACAGCCUGCAGUUCAGGUAGAGCCACAGUCUAUGCACAAACCUCCGAAGCAGCUGGCACAGCAGCUUGGAUUGAACCCGGGAGCACUGCCCCAAGCAAAGGGUCAGCUUGCACAAGCGAACUUAGGCCAGUACGCUGCCUUGGAGCAAGGCCACAAGCCUCUUGAUGCUGCAUCACUUCCCAUGGUGGGGCGUCUUCCGAAGCCUGCUGGACAGCCUGCCAUUGCUGGUCACUCUCAGGAGCUGCAGGAGUCUGUGGUGAAGCCUGCUCAACAACCUCCCAUGCAGUUACAGCCUGCUGUUGGGAACCAGGCACCUCCAGUCUUGCCAGCGCCUAGCAUUGCAAAAUCACAGCCACCAGCUGCUGGGGUGGAUGCCAAGAACCAUGGUCUCGCACAACCUGCACAGCCUAUGGAUGACUUAGGUGGGCUUCUGGACAACGUGGCUGGCCUGGAAAAGAUACCGAUAGGUGAUGGUGCGGUCCCAGCCAAAGCUGGGAGCUCUCGUGCAGGAGUAGUAGGUGCAGCUGUAAAAAAAUCCAUGGAUCUUGAGGAAGGGAACGAAUUGGAAGGCGGUGCAAACUACAAGGUGCUGUUGAACAAGGUGCCAAACAAUGGUGACGAUCUGCUGAUUGGCCAUGGCGGAAAGGCACUGGGGCCUAAGCUGGCACGCCCGAACCAACACCAGCAACUGGCUGCAGGAGGAAUUGGAGGUGGUGAAGACGACUUGGACUAUGCCAAUGCUGUGGUGAAGGAUGACGAUGCAGCCGAAGACCAAGAAGAUGAUGGUCCAUUUGGUGCAGAUUUGGGAAGAGGAAAGCCAAUGCCAGAUGCUGCUGAUUUCGAUGACCAGGGCGCUGAGGCUGACCCACUGCAACAGCAGCAGCCCAACAACAUCCCCGAAGAUGGCAUUGCAGCAAACCCCAAGUAGUGGCACAGCGCACUGCUUUGCUCCUUUCUUUUUUUUUUUUCCUUCGUCUCCAGUGGGCUAAGCACAAUUGUGGAGAAGCAUAAUGAUUUGACUGUACAGUUCAUCUGUGGAACGAGCCAAACAAGACUAAGCAGUGUUGCAGGUUUGACCUUGUGGGAGGAGUGAGCAGGGAAGUGUGUUUUGAGUGCUCUUGUGAGUGACAAUUAGAGGUGGGUUUCCCAAGUGUGCAGCGUUGUGAAAGAAGAAAGACUAGGAUUUCCAGAAGCCACAUUGUCUUCAGGAAGCCACUGCACAUACUGGAACGGACAUUUAGGUGCCACCCAGUUGUAAUUAUCGACAAGGCAUUUGUUUUUCAAGCCAGUUUUAUCAGAUCCACCAACAUGCUUCCAAGCUAAAAUGUGGUGGAUUGCUGAAUGCAUUUCAUAGGUACGGUUCCUUGCUUCAGCAGUUUGGUUAACUUUUCUUUUUCUUUUAAGUGUUGACCGAGAUUUUUGUGGGCACAGGGACAGGGGCUCCUUGAGAGCAGUUGUAUGCAAUAACUGGUGUGCUUGUUUGUUCCUUAUUGUGCUUGUUCUUAUCUUGUUCUCUUGUUCCUACAUCUGAAAUGGCCAUUAAAGGCUCUUUU